UAAGCCAGGUCUACCCAGUAAGGCACUUGUAAAAGCAGGCCCAUGUGGUGUGCUGAAAAACCGGGCGACAUACUAGCACUUUAGAAAACAUUUAACUGAAUACAUUUCACAGCUGAAUGUUAUAGCACACCUUUCCAAUAUGCUAAUAGAGGCAUUAGAAGGGGAUGUUACAGUCGUCUACUGUAAUGCCAUUGCUGCCUCAGUGCAGAUCGAGGUGGAACCUGUUGGUCGGUGGUUCGAGGCCUUUCUGAAGAGGAGGAACAGGAAUGUAUCGGCCUCCUUCCAGGAGCUUGAGGAAGAGGAGGAGCUGUCUGAGGAAUCUGAGGAUGAAGAGCUGCAGCUGGAGGAUUUCCCCCUGCUGAGAACACUGGACCCCAAAGACUGGAAGAAUCAAGAUCACUAUGCUGUCCUUGGACUGGCUCAUAUGAGGUACAAGGCGACACAGAAACAAAUCAAAGCUGCCCACAAGGCAAUGGUGUUGAAGCAUCACCCUGACAAAAGGAAAGCUGCGGGAGAGCUGAUUGUAGAAGGAGACGGUGACUACUUCACCUGUAUAACUAAAGCUAUAGAGAUUCUGUCAGAUCCUGUGAAGCGAAGAGCAUUUGACAGUGUAGAUCCUACCUUUGACAACGCUGUGCCUUCAAAGGGCGAAGGCAAAGAUAACUUCUUUGAGGCGUAUGCUCCCGUUUUUGAGAGAAAUGCCCGGUGGUCUUCUAAAAAACACGUUCCCAGACUUGGCACUAUGGAUUCCACUUUUGAGGAUGUGGAUAAUUUUUAUUCUGUUUGGUACAACUUUGACUCAUGGAGAGAGUUUUCUUAUUUGGAUGAAGAGGAAAAGGACAAGGCAGAAUGUCGUGAUGAGAGGAGAUGGAUUGAAAAGCAGAAUCGUGCAGCCAGAGCCACCAGGAAGAAGGAAGAGAUGAAUAGACUACGGACGCUUGUUGACACGGCCUACAGCCUUGAUCCCAGGAUAAAGAAAUUCAAAGAUGAUGAGAAGGCCAGAAAGGAGAAUGAGAAGAAGGCCAAAGCGGACGCCAAGAGGAAAGAGCAGGAAGAGAAGGAGCGGGCUCGGCAGGCAGAGCUGGAUGCUGCACGGCUGGCCAAAGAGAAGGAGGAAGAGGAGGCCAAACUGGUUGCCCAGCAGGCCAAGAAGGAGAAGGAGAUCCAAAAGAAGGCCAUCAAGAAAGAGAGGCAGAAACUGAGGACAACUUGCAAGAACUGGAAUUACUUUGGUGACAAUGAAUCUGAUAGUGUGAAAAUGAUGGAAGAUGUGGAGAAACUUUGUGACCGUUUGGAGCUUGUGAGUCUGCAAUCCCUGAAUGAAGGAUUGGCAUUGGGUUCAAAGGAGGAGGGCAAGGUAGCGGUGGAGAAGCAGGUGCAGGAGGUGAAUGCCCAGCUGCAAAAGGAGAAGGAUGCGGAGGUGCAGGCCAGGCAAGCUGUCCGUACUACCGUACAGGCCAGCGGAGGAGGAGGGGGUGGAGGAAAGGGCUGGAAUGAGGAAGAGCUCCCGCUGCUCAUCAAAGCAGUCAACCUGUUCCCUGCUGGAACCAACGCCAGAUGGGAAGUCAUUGCCAACUACAUGAACUUGCACUCCACCAGUGGCAUCAAAAGGACGGCCAAAGAUGUUAUCAACAAAGCCAAGAACUUACAAAAGCUUGAACCUGGGCAGAAAGAUGAGAUUAACAAGAAGGCCUUUGAGAAGUUUAACAAAGAGCAUGCAGCCGUGCCCCAGACAGUGGACAAUGCAGUGCCCUCUGAGAGAUUUGAUGGUGCUGAAGCCAACACUGCAUCCUGGACCACUGAGGAGCAGAAGCUUCUAGAGCAGGCCUUGAAGACCUACCCAGUCAGCACCCCAGAGAGGUGGGAGAAGAUUGCUGUAGCUGUGCCCGGACGUACCAAGAAGGACUGUAUGAAGAGAUAUAAGGAACUAGUGGAGAUGGUCAAAGCAAAGAAGGCAGCCCAGGAACAAGUUGGCAGUAAAAGCAGAAAAUGACAAGACAAACAGCCCCAUGUUCUUCUUUUAACGUUAUUGUGUUGGGUCUUUAUUUUAUAAUAAAAUUCAAAGAAACCACAA